AUGGCCAACUGGGCGGUGGCAUGCGUGGUUUGCGCCAUACGCACCCUGGGUCUGGAGGUCUCGCCGCACAAAUCGGAGGCCGUCUUUUUCCACGACGGCCUCCGCAGUGCACCGCCUCCAGCCCAAAUCAUGGUGGGGAACGUCCCUGUCCCGGUGGGGCCCAGUAUUAAAUACUUGGGCCUCACAUUGGACGGCCGCUGGUCGUUUGAGGACCACUUCGUGGAGUUGGCCCCCCGGUUGGAGCGAUUAGCGGCAGCAACCAGCCGCCUGAUGCUCAAUCUGGGGGGCCCCAGCGAGAAGGCUCGCCACCUAUACGCAAGAGCGAUCCGGUCGGUGGCCCUGUACGGGGCACCGGUGUGGGCGGACGAUUUGGCGGUCACCAGCCGGGCGGCACAGGCCGUCCGGCACUUCGAAAGAAGGGUGGCCGCCCGUGUCGCCCGCACGUACCGGACCGUCUCCCAUAGGGCGGCGACGGCCCUGGCCGGCACCCCCAAUCGUCCUGCUGGCGCCCGCGUACGCAGACGCGUACGAGCGGGUGUGGCAGGCGCGGGAGAGGGGUGCUCGUUUAACGGCCAGGGCCAAAGAGGUUCUUGGACGACAGGCGAGGCAACAGGCGAGGCAACAGGCGCUGCUUGCAUGGCAGCGCCAAUUCAGCCGACCCGACAAUCCCGUCGGGUCGGCGGAUUGCCGAGGCCGUCCAUCCCUGCCUGGCAGAGUGGCUGGACAGGGAUCGGGGCGGAGUGA